AUGUAGGUUUGGCAUGGCACUACCUCUAAAUAUCAUUUCGCAAAAUCUCAACAUGUAUCAGAUCCAAAAUUUCCUCCGUCUGGCACCCGCACGGCUACCCAUGACUGGCGGGAUUCCUUUCCAUCUGAUAGCCUUGAGAUGGAUGUUAUUGACAUGCUUUCGAAUCCCGCUGAAGUUGGAAGUUCACACUACACUCAUGGCGAGGAUGAGAACGCCAUCUCACGUGGUGAAGGGAACCCCCCUCGGCAUCAUUCAAGUUUCUGUUCUGGGUUACUCCGCGAUUCAUCUCCUCAAGCGGGCCUCUCACCCAUCCUCUCGCUGCAUCAAGUCAGAUUUAGUUCUCCGCAGCGAGAUAAAGAAAGAAGACGUGAUGCGCCUUCUGUAGAUAUGAGCAACGGCAACCGAGACAAAUUUCGCCAUCGAGAUGGGAUGCCCACGGGAAACCAGGUCCCCGGACCACUGCUUCAGCAGCUACAGCUCAAUCACGCACCUCCAAUGGCGCAGGGGAUUCCACUUGUUCCUCUGAAUCAGUUGCCAGACCGAUUUCGUUCCGUUUUCCCUUUCCCCUUGUUCAACGCCAUGCAAUCUAGAGCUUUCCAUGCAUCCUAUAAAACCGAUGACAACUUGGUAUUAUCUGCACCGACUGGAAGUGGAAAGACUGCUGUUCUGGAGCUUGCUAUUUGUAGGCUCCUUACCGCUAGUCAAGGUCAGGACUUCAAAGUAGUUUAUCAAGCUCCUACAAAGUGCUUGUGUGCCGAGAGAUUCCGCGAUUGGCAAGCAAAAUUUGCACCAUUAGACCUUCAAUGCGCUUUAUUGACCGGAGAUACGGAACAUGGUCAGCUCUGGAGUGUACAGCAUGCUAGCAUCAUCAUUACUACCCCUGAGAAAUGGGACAGCGUGACCAGAAGGUGGAAAGAUCAUACCAAAUUAAUGCGGAUGGUGAAGUUAUUUCUCGUUGACGAGGUCCAUAUGCUUAAAGAGAUGAGAGGUGCAACGCUGGAGGCUGUGGUAUCUCGUAUGAAGUCCCUUGAUUCGCCGGUCAGAUUCGUUGCCCUUAGUGCCACUGUUCCAAAUUCAGAUGAUAUAGCAGCAUGGCUUGGGAAAAACUCCUCGGAAAAGUACCUACCUGCUCACGUUGAAAAAUUUGAUGAGGGCUUUCGCCCAGUCAAACUACAAAAGUUUGUGUAUGGGUUUGCAUCUAAUGGGAAUGACUUCGCUUUUGACAAAUUUUGUGACACAAGACUGCCUGAUGUGAUAUCAAAACAUGCAUGCAAAAAGCCUAUUAUCAUAUUUUGUUCAACCAGGAAAUCAGCAUUGUCCACAGCGCAAAGCUUAGCAAAACUCUGGAGCUCUCUUCCCGCCCCUAGUCGUCUCUGGCCUGCGCCGAGCUCCACAUUACGGAUGCAAAAUCAGGAUCUGCAAGCUUGUAUCUCAGCAGGUGUUGCAUUCCAUCAUGCGGGCCUUGACCUCUUCGACAGGCAGCUCAUUGAGAAAGGGUAUUUGAGUGGACAAUUAUACGUGAUAUGCUGCACGUCAACGCUAGCAGUUGGCAUAAAUCUCCCAUGCCAUCUUGUUAUAAUAAAGAACACGGUCAGCUGGCAAGGUAGCUCAUGCCAGGAAUACUCUGAUCUCGAAGUCAUGCAAAUGAUCGGGCGAGCCGGACGUCCCCAAUACGAUGACAGCGCAGUCGCAGCAAUAUUGACGCGACAGGAGAAAGUUGUACGGUAUGAAAAGAUGAUGUCUGGAGAAGAGAUUUUGGAAAGCUGUCUGCACCGCAACCUCAUCGAUCACCUGAACGCGGAAAUCGGCCUUGGCACUCUCCAUGACUUGCCGUCCGCCAAAAAGUGGCUCUCGGGUACUUUUCUCUAUGUUCGACUACAAAAAAAUCCUGGUCACUAUCAAAUAGAAAAUGAUUCCGGCGAGCGAGACGUGGACAAAAAAAUUGGCACGAUUUGCGAUCGGGACCUUCAGCUACUUCAAGAUUAUCAGCUUAUAGAGAAAAGCGUCAAGCUAAAGUGUACUGAAUUCGGAGAUGCCAUGUCACGGUAUUAUAUAAGCUUCAAGACUAUGAAAAUAUUCCUUUCGCUACAGCAGAAGGCGAAAAUGUCAGAGAUUCUAUCUGUUAUUGCGCAAGCCGAUGAAUAUCGAGAGAUUAGAUUCCGCUCAGGAGAGAAAUCUCUAUAUAAAGAAAUCAACAAAAAUGCCUCAAUCAAAUUUCCCAUCAAAGUUGACUUGGCCUUGCCUGCACAUAAAGUCUCGCUGAUCAUCCAAUCUGAGCUUGGAGCCGUAGAUUAUCCUAGCGGAGAUCAGUUCCAAAAACACAAAAUUCAAUACAUUCAAGAGAAAAAUACCGUGUUCUUGCAUCUACAACGGUUGAUUCGAUGUAUCAUAGACUGUCAACUAUGUUUGGGGGAUUCUGUUGCGGCUCGGCAUGCUUUGGAGCUUUCGAGAAGUUUCGGCGCGAAAGCAUGGGAUAAUUCCGCCCUUCAGCUUAAGCAGCUCGAUCAAAUCGGCCUAGUGGGUGUACGAAAGCUGGCUGCUGGCGGAAUCACGGGCAUAGAAGCGCUGGAGGCUACGGAGCCUCACAAGAUUGAGAUGAUCAUGACUCGAAAUCCACCAUGGGGCCGCAACGUAUUGGAAAAGGUUCGGGCAUUCCCGAAAUUAAGCGUGUCAAUUCAGAAGACCGGAAAGGAAAUAAAAGGCAGUGAUGGGGUAAAUGUCCACAUCAAGGCCGAGGUUUGUUUCAUCAACGAAAAGAUCCCGACCAUGUUUCAUCGAAAGCCAGUCUUUGUUUGCUUCAUGGCGGAGGUUUCUGAUGGCAAGCUCCUGGAUUUCAGAAGGAUCAGGUUUACUCUCGUACACUCUUGGUUUAAAGCCUAGGCUAACUAUUAAAGCGCUCGAAAGCUUCAAAAUGCACAGAGCUUUUCUUUCCCGGUCACUUUGGCAAA